CUGACAGACAUCUCUGUCCCAACAGGACCAACUCUGCAACCACAGCUCCAGCGCAUCACUAACUGGGGACAUCUCCAGCUGUGAGUGUCUGUGUGAGAGAGACAGUGAGAGACAGGAGACAGCCAGAGACAGAGAGAGAGACCGCCUUCCAGAAAGGGAGCGACAGAGAGACAGACAGAAAGAUACAGGCAGAGAGAGAGGCAAUAGAGAGUGUAGCGUAACAGAAAUAGAUGAGAAGGGGGAUUAGAUCCCAAAAAGAGUUGGACAAGGAAUAGACAGACAGGGGGUAGGGACACAGAGGAAAAUUAAUUAAGAAGAACAGAGAGAGGGAAGGAGAGAGGAUGGCAGGAAAGGUAAAUUGAGAGAAAGCAGAAAAAAAGAGAAAAAAAAGGAUAGCAAGAAAGUGACAGAGAUAGACAGAGGGGGUAGAGUGAGAGAGAAAGGAAAACGGAAAGGGGAGCGACAGAAAGAGAGAGGGAGCGAAACGGAGAACUGGAGACAGCUAAGUAACAGAGAGAGAGAGGGAGAGAGAGAAUGAGACAGAGCAGAAGGAGAGAUAUCUUGCUGUAAGAUUUUCACACAGAGAGAAGAGAUCCUGGGAGAGAACUAGAGAGAGAGGUAAGGGAGAAGAGGGGGAGGGAACAGGAGGGAGACGUCUAGAGUGCUGGUAACUCUCCAAAAAUUAAGGGCAUUUGGGCCUUUUAUUUUAGGAAUGAAUGCUGAUCCCUGUGUGUCUUACUGUGAUCUCCCAGCUAUGGAUUGCUUCUACAGCCCCACAGCCUCUGCCCAGGGCAGGCAGACACAGAGCUCGCCUUUUAGGGCAUUCCAGCCAAGUGAUAAGUUCAAUCCUGCUUUCCUGGCCAGCAAAGGACAAGGAUUUGGGGACAAGUCCAGGGGCCCUUACCAGCAGGAGUGCCAGUCCUUGGAUGGCAAUGGACAGAGUGGCACAGGAGAGCAACAGGGCUCCUUCACCAAAUACCAGCCUCACAUCUACAUGCAGAACAGCUCCUGCAACAAAUCCCCAGCAGACAGCUUGAAACUGCAGGACAGUCCUGGGGACCCCCUAAUUCCCUGCUACGCCAAAGAGAGCUCCCUGACUCCAAACAGUGACCCACCAGGAAUGGAGAGUGGUUACAUGACCAGCAAGGAGACUUCAGGAAAAGGAUCCCAAGACAGAGGGAGUGGAGAUCUGCCCAUCGAUAAGACUGAAUCUGAAAGCAACAAAGGAAAGAAACGAAGGAACAGGACUACAUUUACCAGCUACCAGCUGGAAGAGUUGGAAAAAGUCUUCCAAAAGACGCACUACCCUGAUGUCUACGCUCGGGAACAGUUGGCCAUGCGGACUGACCUAACAGAAGCCAGAGUGCAGGUUUGGUUCCAGAACCGAAGGGCAAAGUGGAGAAAGAGGGAACGGUUUGGACAGAUGCAGCAAGUACGAACUCACUUUUCCUCGGCCUAUGAGCUGCCGCUCUUAACCCGAGCAGAGAAUUACGCCCAGAUUCAGAACCCUUCCUGGAUUGGUAAUAACAGCGGAGGUUCCCCAGUACCUGCCUGCGUAGUACCCUGUGACACAGUCUCAUCCUGUAUGUCUCCUCACACCCAUCCGCACUCUGCUGGCGCAGUGUCCGAGUUCCUCAGUGUUCAAGGAGCUGGUGCUCAUGUGGGUCAAUCACACAUGGGAGGUCUCUUCAGCAGUGGGGCCAUGGGCCCUGGAAUAAAUGGGUACGACUUGAAUGCUGAGCCCGAUCGCAAGAGCUCCAGCAUUGCAGCUCUCAGGAUGAAAGCCAAGGAACACAGCGCAGCUAUGUCCUGGGCCACAUGACAGAACCACCAGAUAAAAUGGACAUUAAACCAUGCCUUACGGUACAGACACACAACGCACCACAAGGAGGCCUUCUACAUAGUUUCCCCAAAGACUAGAAGCCAAACUUGCCAAAUUUUGAAACGUCUACUUCUGAAGAAGUGCUGGGAGCUCUGCAAAUUGGGUUUGCAGAGGGCGAUAGAGGAAAUAUUCUGUACACUGACAAUCCAAAUCUUAAGGUUACUAAUCAGGGAUAUUUCACCCCAAAGACAGGGAGUUCAGCAAAGCGUGCGCUAAAAACCAAAAAUCUGUCAUCAUCUGCUCUUCCUCAUUAUUACCACUUGUAGUGCCCUUCCAAACACCCAACAGUGCCUUGAAGAGGGGAUAGUGGAGUAAUACAGAGAAUUCCUGACAUCCUAGUGGGCUGGAAAACUCCUGAAUAUCAGCCACUUCUUUGAUUUUCUAGAAAGUACUGGGAGAUAAUUUAACGUCCGCGGGUUGUAUCAUUUCCAAAAAGACCCAAGAGAAAGGCUUCAAGCAGUGCAGGGAACAAUUUAUGCAGAUGCCAUCAAGAUCACAUUUUGUCCUCCUGUUCAUGUUCAUAAUAUUUGGAAAUUGGAUUGCUUUGCUUUUAAUUAUUUUGUUGAGUUUUUUUUUUGUGUGUGUUUUGUUCUUUUUCUCCUUUCGCAUUUCUCUAAAGGGUACAAGGGGAGUAUGGGAGGUUUGGAAAGGUCCCCAUCUCUCCUGUUGAGAUGAAGGUAGCCAAAGAACCCUCUCAGCUAAAAGGUCAGUUUGUAGCCAUUCUGCCUGUUAGUCCACCAAAUGUAACAACAUGUUUAGUCAAAAAGACAACUGGUAGGUCUCAAGCUGUUUUUGCUUGGCAGAAAAUGGUGGGAGUUUAGGUCACAAACAGCAGGAUAAGUGAUCAUUAUCUACCUAUACAAUAAGUCAAAUUGAAGUUCAGGAGAGCGGAUGUAUGGCAUCAAUGUGUCACCUCUCUGCGAUUUAGAAAUUUGUAACUUUGAGUUUACCCUAUUUUUAGUGGAUUAAGUGUUCUCAUCAACCUCGGCAUUAAAAGGUUUUCUUGUUUUUCAAAGUCUUGGAAAACCUCCAAAGAAACCAUUUCUGGUCAGUGCAAAAGACAGAAUUUGGCUUGUAAAUUUCCUCUCUCCGCAGUCGAGUGACACUGUUCGCCUCCUGGGUCAGCUGAGGUUUUCUAGAAAUUCAUACUUAGGUUUAGAAAACAGGGCAGAUCAGAAAGAUGCUAAGACAGGAUCCUGGGAUUUAUGGAAGAGGCGUCGGUUUAGAAAUCCUCACUUUUUCCAGUGUGCUUUUUUUUUUUUUUAAAGAUUAUUCUCAAACAAGAAAUGCAGUUGGGUACUGAAGCCGAAAUAAGCAACCUUUAAUUAAUUCGUACAAAAGUCUCUAGUGAAGUUGUACACACAGAGGGAUUCCUUUAAACGUUUUAACUGUUGGUCUGUAUCCAGAAUUUCUGGACAUGUCAAAUUUUAAGAAAGUCCAUCACCUUACAAAAUAUGACAAACAGAGCAUAGAAAAACAAAAAUGGCCUUGUUCGUGGUCUGUAAACUAAAUUUUCUAUGAUCUACCACGUGAGAAUUGCAUUUCAUAAACACAUGCCAUAGUUGGUCAUCUGUGUCUACAAAUUUUAAUUUUCCUAGAAUGCCACUCUCCUCCUCUUCCAGAUUGGCUACUGAAUAUCUUUUUAGAAUGUUCUGCAACCUAAAAGGAACGGGGUUGCAGAGUUCCAUAGAUAAAGAAAAGAUAGGUUGAGAUAAAUGUCUAUAAGAAUUUCAAGUGACCGACGAAUAACUUCUACACAAUUUUUGUUAAAUUUUUGUUUUAUGUUCUGCUCAUUUUCUCUAUUUAGAUGGAAGGUUCUCUUUAAUUUAAGUCAAGUUAAAUAGAGGCAUUUGGGAUCAUAUGCUGCUUUCCAUUGGUUGGCUUUUAUCCAGCACUCUCUAUGCAUAAGAGCUUAUAAAGUCCAUCCGUCUACUCUAGAUUGUGUUGGAGAUAAAUAUAUUUGGUUCCAUUAAAAUGUAACAAGGAAACAUAAUCCUAAAGUGAAUUUGUAAUAUGUUCCAUGAAACCUGUAAUUGAGUAUAAAAAAGAAACAAUCUGCCAAAUUCCACAAAUUGUGACAUACUGGACGUGAUUUCACAAAGUUUGGAAUCCCAUCUAUAUGAUAAGCUAGCUCACGUUUCCCUUGUAAUAAUAUUGGUUAGACUCAACUAUCCAAUUUUAUUUUUUUCAAAUGCGUCCUUGCAUUCGCUAUGUAGAAAUUGGGUCCUAUUGAGACUGCAUGUGUACCACUUACUAGUACACGUGGGGAGAGACCCAUCUCAGUGAUGUCACGUCAGAACCAAGCUGUGUUAGGGACCUUACCAAAUGUUACACUAAUGGAGUAGCCAGUAACUUUAAACAGCAUAGAUUAUCUAUAGAUUAAUUCCUGCAUCGAAGGUGUAAUUACAAUGUUAAUUUGAAAAAAUGCCAGCUAAAUUGUAAAUUUAAAUGAAUUGUUGGAGGCCACUUUUUAAGAAGCACCAAUCUAGCGUUUUGACAGCAUUAAACAUUGUGAAAUACGUGGAUUUGCUGCUGUAGAUAGUUCUUAGCGGACCUCAGUAAAUGUUUUAGCAAUUCACCUGGCAUAUACGCAGGGCAGAUAUAAACGUAUUGUAAUUUCUAAUAGGUAUAUGGCAGUCGAAUGCAUAAAAGCGACUGGGGAAGAAAAAUAGCCUUAAAUCAGACCACACGAAUGUGAAGAGGAAUGAUCAAUUCUAUGGCAUUUAUAUAUUUGAAUGGUUCAUUACGCCUUCAAAUUAAUAGCUUCUAUAGGAAAAGGCACAC